CUUGAAACCCAUCGAUCCAAACCCGACAGCACAAGUGUCAAGGCAUCCAAUCCUUCCACUUUGACUGGCGUCAACUCGCUUAAAGCGGCCUGCCCUAGCAAUUCACCAUCGUAUUGACAAAGGCGCUGGAUCUGCGCAUUUUAGACCGGGUAGUCGGUGACAAUAACACGAACCCGGACCACUUUGCUUUACUGGCCGCCGGGCAACCUGGAACACUCGGGGAUCCAGUGAGGGCAUAGUGUCCAGUACAGUGACCCCAGCACCCCCCCGUUUUUUGUCGCGACCUGGGCAUCCCGACCUGGGCAUCCCGACCUGGGCCCCCCCAUCCAUCUCCUCCGUCCCGCAAAACUUAACAAAAGGUAUACUGGCUGCCUGCCUGCCUGCCUGCCAAUUCACCUCUACCUCACCUUUUGGCCUUACCUACCUCCCGUCCGUCAAUUAUUCCCGACACCACUACAACCAACCAACCAACAACCCAUCUCGCCUUUCAAUCCAUUGCGGCGUCCGUCGAUUUUCUUUGUCGCCGACCCUUUCGAAACCGUUUACCGACGGCGCGCGUGCACGCCAACCAACUGACUGUCGGAAUCGGCGACUGCCAGCCAAAGAAAGACUGCCAACCAGCGAGAGAGAGAGGCGACGAACGGCUAACGAUCCAUCCAAACGAUUCGGACUGCAUCCACUCAAGACGUCACAACCAAAUCCAACCACCCGUGGUCCCUGUUGUGUCGACUUACUUGGAGAGCCUCCCACCGAACACACAAGUCGCCAAAGUCAACCUUACAAAACUGCCCAUCAAUUGCGUCAGUCGACCAAAUCAUCUUGAACCCGUAUUUUUCUCGUCGCCCAUUUCCGGGGAUUCCAGCUACAAGGAAGGCGAUUGACGGACGACGACGACGAACAAGUCUGCCCCUGGUCGACAAAAGUAAAGGCCGAGGAAGGGUUAUUCGAGCGACGAAGCUGAACUGCACAUCACACCAAACAUUCGCCAGGAAAAAAAGUCGUCUUCAUGGUUUUCUAGAACAGACCCGUGAACAGACGAGCAUCUUCUUAUCCGCCAGGUCCAAGUUCCCGGCCAUCAUCGGCUGCCUCAUCUAGCCACCGCAGUCGAAAGGGAUUGAUGAUCAAGAUGGGCGCAUGCAUGAGCAAGAACGACGAGGAGACGGAGCAGAAGAAGAGGAGCCAGAAGAUCGAUCGCGACCUAGAGGAGGACUCCAAGAAGCUACGGAAAGAAUGCAAGAUUCUACUUUUGGGCUCCGGCGAGAGCGGUAAAUCGACCAUUGUGAAGCAGAUGAAGAUCAUACAUCUCAAGGGCUAUUCAGAUGAGGAGCUCACAAAUUACCGACCAACCGUCUACAAGAAUCUGUUGGAAUGCGCAAAGGCGGUUGUGAAUGCUAUGCACCAGUUUGAUAUCCAGCCAGCAGAUCCGUCGCUACGGCCCUACGUCGAGUUCUUGCAGGACUACAACAUGGAGGGGUGUCCACCAGGACAGUCGAUAGACCCCAAAGUCGGCACAGCUAUCCAGGCACUAUGGAAUGAUCCAGCAAAGGAGCAACUCAUGGAGAGGCAAACAGAGUUCUAUCUUAUGGACUCUGCAGAAUAUUUCUUCACCGAGGUCAUGAGGAUUGUGGCCGAAGACUACCGACCAAAUGAAAUGGAUGUACUUCGCGCCAGAACAAAGACGACGGGUAUCUACGAGACAAGAUUCAAGAUGGGGCAGCUCAGUAUCCACAUGUUUGAUGUGGGCGGGCAACGUAGUGAACGCAAGAAGUGGAUUCACUGCUUCGAAAACGUCACAUCCAUCAUCUUCUGUGUUGCCCUGAGCGAGUACGACCAAGUAUUGCUCGAGGAGAGCAGUCAGAACCGCAUGAUGGAGAGUCUGCUGCUCUUCGAUUCGGUCGUCAAUUCACGGUGGUUUAUGAGAACGAGUAUCAUCCUGUUUCUCAACAAGGUCGACAUCUUCAAGCAGAAACUGGGGCGGUCACCUCUAGGGAACUAUUUCCCGGAUUAUUCCGGUGGAAACGACGUCAACAAGGCCGCCAAGUAUCUAUUGUGGCGGUUUAACCAGGUUAACAGGGCUCACCUUAACCUAUAUCCUCACUUGACACAAGCCACCGAUACCUCCAACAUCCGUCUCGUGUUUGCUGCCGUCAAGGAAACCAUUCUCAAUAACGCCCUUAAAGACUCCGGUAUUCUAUGAUGAAAGACCCUUUUUUUUCGCUCACGCAUCUUCUUCCUCUUUCUCGCAACAGCGUUCGGAAUAUUACCAAGUCCUCCCUUCUUGCAUGACUCGGCGUUUUAAAGGGGUGGUAGCUGUCCGGCUAGCCGGCUAGCAAAAGCACGGCGGUGACAGCAACGGAGGCGGCGGUUGUUGUUUCUUAUCAUAUCUUAGGGUUCACGCGCGUUUGGAACGUUGCCAACCUGAGGUUUGCUUUUGCUUCCCAUUGGUUUCUCUUUUCCAUUAGCAUGCAUUCAUCUGAGCGACAGGCAGCGCCAUCAACCAUACCCUACCAAACGGAACUUAUUGUAAUCUUGUUUACGCACCAUUUUGUUUGUUUUGCGCCGACGCAGAACAGCAUAGGAGCAUCUUUUUUUUUUCUUCUUCACGGCGGCGACUGGAUCGACUGAGCAGGUCCUUGCUUUCUCUUUUUUUUUUUGUACAUUCCUUUUCAACCGCAUUUACAAGAAAACGGAAGGUGGAGAAGAGACAUUGUCCUCAAAAGGUGUCACUGUACUCUCAUGGGGAGAUGCAUGGCAAAACAAGAAAGAUGUCUGAGCUAGUAGAAAGCCAGGGAGUUGAAAAGGGAACAUUGUUCGCCUCCCAGUGAGGUUUUGGAUCCUGCAUUGAAAUGCGGUCCGAGGUAUCCCCAGGCCCAUCCAAGAGAUGGGAAGGUGGGCGCAAAGAAGGAGAAGAAGCCAUGAUGUUCACGAUUUCGUUAACUGUCUCUGGUAGUAGUGGGAGGCAGAUAGAGAGAGAGAGAGAGUAGGAGACAAAACUACUGUUUGUUCGUCACAAAGAGACUCACGCAGGAUACCUAUCUGAUGAAAGUAAAGGUCUCUUGGAACAAACAAGGGUGCUCUUUUUUUACCUUAUUAAUGAGAUGAUUAUCAAGUGGAAUAGAGAUGCUGCAUCUGAGACAUACGAAAAGCGCUGGCAG